UUUUAAAAAACAUCGAUACAUCGAUGUUUCCAUCAAUGUUUCUCCAUCUCUAUAUCUCUGUUUUCAUCGAACUUUCUCCACCUCUACUGCGCUUCGCAAAAAAAGUUUUGAUUUUCGAGGAAAUUCGAGCGAGAAAAUUUAAGCAGCAACAUCUCCACUGUUCCGCCGUCAAGGUCCAGAAAGUAAAAAGAAGCGAAGAGUGCUUAACAGGAUGGCUCAGGAAGGACAGGAUAUUCCCACAUUCAAGUGCGUGCUGGUCGGCGAUGGCGGCACCGGCAAGACAACCUUCGUCAAGCGCCACAUGACCGGCGAGUUCGAGAAGAAAUACGUGGCCACACUGGGCGUGGAGGUGCAUCCGCUGAUCUUCCACACCAAUCGCGGCGCCAUCCGUUUCAAUGUGUGGGACACCGCAGGACAGGAGAAGUUCGGCGGCCUGCGCGACGGCUACUACAUCCAGGGCCAGUGCGCCGUCAUCAUGUUCGACGUUACCUCGCGUGUCACCUACAAGAACGUGCCCAACUGGCAUCGCGAUCUGGUCCGCGUCUGCGAGAACAUCCCCAUCGUCCUCUGCGGCAACAAAGUCGACAUCAAGGACCGCAAGGUGAAGGCGAAGAGCAUCGUCUUCCACCGAAAGAAGAACUUGCAGUAUUACGAUAUUUCUGCCAAAUCGAACUACAACUUCGAGAAACCAUUCCUUUGGCUGGCGCGCAAGCUGGUUGGUGACCCCAACCUGGAGUUCGUCGCCAUGCCAGCCCUGCUGCCGCCCGAGGUCAAGAUGGACAAGGAUUGGCAGGCGCAGAUCGAGCGGGACUUGCAGGAGGCCCAGGCGACCGCCCUGCCCGACGAGGACGAGGAUCUAUAAGCCUAUUAAUAGUUAACUGAGAAAGAUGGCCGGCUUUGCACACACACACACCAGAAUCACACACACACACACAGUCGCAGUCACGAGCCGGGGCAACAGGAUAACAGGAUUACUGGCAAAUGACAGGAUAAAACGGGAGAUCACAAGAAUACAAGAACAGGAGCAGCAACCACUACCGAAUAGGCUCCAGCAUCAGCAAGAGUCUACCAUCUACUAUCCACUCACUAUAUACUAUCUAUCUAUCUAUCUAUCGGAUUGCCAGCAAACGAAAACGAGCGACCAAAUUUGCCAGCCCUGCAAGCACUGCAAGCCCUGCAGCUCUUCUGCCGUCGAUCGUAUAUAUAUAUUUUUAGAUCCACUCAUUGAUAAGUCGGUUACACAUGAUUUUUUUUUUAUUUGUUUCGUUUUCGUUUGCUUUUGGCAGAUAUUGAAAUUGUUCUAAUGGUAGAGAAACGAAACAAAACAUACCCGAAAACCAAGUAAAAUAAAAAAUCGAAACACGUAUUUUUUUAAA